CAGGACACUAUCAUCUCACAACCAUCUCCUGUACAGGGGGGCUGAGAUCUCCAGGACUCUGAUAUUUGGGGGACCCUUUGCUGCAACCUGCCAGGUGCCUCCCUUGGAAGACAUGGAAUGUCCACUCUCCCUGGACUCUUUCUGGAAAAUGCCUCUACCUAGCAGAUUCUUCUUCCUCAAACUCCUUUUCAGCUUUCUUCUCCUCCAGCUUGGGGAGCCCAACUCAGAGGAUCUCAGGGUGGUCGGCCCUGGGGAAUCCAUCCUGGCACAUGUCGGGGAUGAGGUGGAGUUCUCCUGCCACCUGUCACCGUACCAGGAUGCCGAGGACAUGGAGAUUCUCUGGUUCCGACGCCAGGACUCGGAAGUGGUGCACCUGUACCAGGAGCGACAAGAGCUCCUGCACCAGCAGCUGGGGCAGUUCCGGAACAGGACCAAACUCUUCAGGGAUGAUAUCACCGACGGCAGUGUGAUCCUGCACCUUCAGGGAGUCCUCCCUGCCGAUGAGGGUCCCUAUGGAUGCCGCUUCCUCUCCAGCCAUUUUUCUGGGGAAGCCGUGUGGGAGCUGGAGGUAGCAGGACUGGGCUCAGACCCUCAUAUCUCUCUUGAGGGCUUUAAAGAGGGGGGAAUCCAGCUGAAGUGCAGCUCCACUGGCUGGUACCCCAAGCCCCAGAUUCACUGGAGGAACCAUCGGGGUCAGUGCCUGCCACCUGAGACUGAAGCCAUCAUCGAGGAUGCUCAAGGCCUAUUCAGUCUGGAAACUUCUGUGGUGGUCUAUCGAGGGGCCCACAAUAACGUAUCCUGUUCCAUCCACAACCCCCUCUUGGUUCAGAAGAAAGAGUUUGUGGUCCAGAUAGCAGAUGUACUUUUACCUGGCACAUCCUCGUGGAAGAGAGCUUUCAUUGGGACUCUAGUGGCACUGCCAGUGCUCCUGGCUCUGGUCGCUACCCCAGCAAUGUACCUCCUUCAGAAGCAAGGGCGGUCCCAAGAAAAGCUGAAGAAGAGAACAGAGAAAGACAAAGAGAAACUCACAGCAGAGCUUGGGAAGCUUCAGACAGAGCUUGAGUGGAGACGGGCAGAAGGACAAGCCGAGUGGAGAGCCGCCCGGCAGCACGCAGUGGACGUGACCCUGGACCCGGCCACAGCACACCCCAGCCUGGAGGUCUCUGGGGACGGCAAGCGCGUGUCCUCGCGCCCGACGUGGCCAGAGCAGGAGGCGGCCGCCGGGCACACCUGCUCCUCGGAGCACAAGUGCGCACUGAGCCGCGAGCACUUCUCCGCGGGCCGCCAGUACUGGGAGGUGCACGUGGGCAGCCGCAGCUGCUGGUUCGUGGGCGCCUGCCUGGCCAAGGCCGCGCAGGGCCCGGGGCGCUCCGGACGCCUGAGCCCGGCCAGCGGCUUCUGGGUGAUGGGGCUGUGGAACAACCGCGAAUACUUCGUGCUGGACACGCACCGCGUGGCGCUCAGCCCCCGCGUGCCCCCGCGGCGCCUGGGCCUCCUGCUGGACUGCGACGCGGGGGCCCUGACCUUCUUUAACGUGACCGACAGGUCGCACAUCUUCACCUUCCACGACACCUUCCCGGGCCCGCUCUGCGCCUACUUCAGGCCCCGGGCGCAGGACGCGGGCUCGCCCGCGGAGCCGCUCACCAUCUGCCCGGUGCCGGCUGGCGAGGCCCAGACCCCCCAGAGAAACGAGAGUGACUUCUGGCUGCAGCCCUAUGAGCCUUCCGACCCUGCUCUGGGCCUGUGGUGA